CGAAUGGAAAGUAUUCUCCUCGUCUCACCUCACAUACUUCAUCUCAGCUUUCCAAACCUCGACCCAAAUCUCAACCUCAGACAUGCCUCUUUUACCUUAACUUUGACAGACUGUUUGGAUUUUGUUUUUCCUUGACACACAGCAUACCUGACGAUGGCCGAGUCAGAUCACCCUAAGAAGCGCCUCACUUCCGACACGACCUUCACGACCACCACAAGCACCUUCAUAACCACGACAACGACGACUGUCCACGUAGGGAAUGUCCCUGCUGUUCUAGCGUCACACGGGAUAGAAGAACCGAGUCUGUCUUACAGAUCUACCCGCCACUGUGAUCACUACGUAAACCAGACUAACUUCAAUUCAGUUUCGACGAAGCCCCAUUCAACCCUGACGGAGUUACGAGCGUUCAUACAAGAGAAGACCACCACUAUCCAGUUGCCACCAGUUCUCUAUCGUGCCUACGAUGCUGGCAGCAUGGGAAAGAACAGCGAAGACGGGGGCUUUCAGUUACAACGCAUGGUCCAGAAAUCAAAGCCAUUGUUGCUUGAAAGUGUGACACCUGAAGUAUUUCGAGAUCUCGUGGUCAAACAUGUUCAGCAUUUUAAAGGACCAAAGGGGAAAAGAUCCUUCAACAGUCCAUGUAUCUCCUUCAGUUGUUCCUUGUUGACGACGCUGCAACGGGCCAAACGGCAACACGAAAGAGGCUAUCAGGAUGUUACCAUCGCUGCAGUGGACACAAGCGGUCUCUCCACUAACGACUUCAUCUGCCCUGUACUGGAAUUGGCAAACAAGAUCAAUUAUGUCGAAAUACGAGAGUUCAUACACUUCGACUGUAAUGAAGAGUACCUUUUUCUCAAUCAACUGCAAGGCCGAAUCUUACACGUUCCUUUCCACAUCUUGCAGAAUGAUGGUCUCAGCACUUUACUACCUGAACUGGAACUGCCCGACAUCUACAAAACUCUUAGAGAGGGUCUUGUACGAUUGAGAAGAGCAGCCUUUGGAAAGGAAUACCCUUUGUCGAACGAUGAGAUAGACGCAUGCAAACGGCUUACGAAAAACUUCUUCACCGGUCAACGAUGUUGUCUAAUCUAUUUCGCAUUACUCGCCAUUCGACGAAGACCGCCUAAUGACCCUGCGAUCGACGGGUAUGCACGUACGAAGAUGCAUGGCUGGCGGGUGUCGGCGGCUUAUGACGAUCGCGGUAGAGUGAAGCUCGACAAUCUUCACUACUUCGCCUGGAGGUACGUCUUUUCUCAUAUCGAACAGUCAGAGCACUUGGAGAUCAGGCAAUUUGCAAGGAUUGGUGCAAGGCUCAUUGGCCAUGCGAAAGAGGACGAAAAGCGUAUUGGUGCAACGAUCAUGGGAAAGAUCUGGGGAGAAUUCGACGAGUACUUGUUAGUCUGCCGGCAGCCAGCAGCAAAGCCCUUGGAAGACGGACCGACGGGCCAUCGUUACAGGCGAUUCAGAGAAACCCUUCACAGGUACAGGCAUAUUAGCCUGCGCGAGCUCUGCGCCGACCUAAAGGCAAAGGCGAUUGUGAUCGACAGGCUGGGGGAGGUGAGAAGGUGCCUCAGAGUUCUUGCUCAGAAGGAGAGAAACAUCGUCAAGGCUGAGGAGGUCGUGCAAAGACUUGGAGCAAAUGUUUGAAGACAACCGUUCGCAGAUGGAUCCGACGAAAAGAACAUCUGUGUAGCACAUGUUCAACGAUUGAUUGUGGCAUUGACUGCUACUGCUGGAGUAUCCAGUAUCUGGAACAAGACCAUGAAGAGACCUUCUGGUAUUAGGGGAUUUAUGCCAGUAUGGAGAGAGUGUGUAUGCUCUCUUGCUCGACGCCAAACUUCGACGUGCGCUUAGAGAUAUCGAAGUACCUUGUGUAACGGCAGUCGCCAACAUGCACACCGCAAAAGUAUUGUAUAAUUGAGAAUCGUUGUCAGCCUUCUUUUCCGGAUCAAAAAGUGCGAAACCCUUGAAGCAAAAUCUCCGGGAACGACCAA